AUGAUAAUGGUGAUUGUGGCGGUGGUGGUGAUGACAGUAGUGGUAACAGUGGAGAUGGUGGUGGAGGUGUUCAUUGGUGAUAGUGGUGGUGGUGAUAGUGGCGAUGGUGGUUUUGAACAAGUGGAAUAUCUCUUUCUCAUCAUUUUUACUGUGGAAGCAUUUUUAAAAGUAAUAGCCUAUGGACUUCUCUUUCACCCUAACGCUUACCUCCGCAACGGGUGGAAUUUACUAGAUUUUAUAAUUGUGGUUGUAGGGCUUUUUAGUGCAAUUUUAGAACAAGCAACCAAAGGUGACGGGGCAAACGCUCUAGGAGGGAAAGGGGCUGGAUUUGAUGUGAAGGCGCUGAGAGCGUUCCGCGUGCUGCGCCCCUUGCGGCUGGUGUCCGGAGUUCCAAGUCUCCAGGUGGUUCUGAAUUCCAUCAUCAAGGCCAUGGUUCCCCUGCUGCACAUCGCCCUGCUAGUGCUGUUUGUCAUCAUUAUCUAUGCUAUCAUUGGCCUGGAACUCUUCAUGGGGAAAAUGCAUAAGACCUGCUACAACCAGGAGGGCAUAGCAGAUGUUCCAGCAGAAGAUGAACCCUCCCCUUGUGCUCUGGAGACAGGCCAUGGACGGCAGUGUCAGAAUGGCACUGUGUGCAAGCCUGGGUGGGAUGGGCCCAGGCACGGCAUCACCAACUUCGACAACUUCGCCUUCGCCAUGCUCACGGUGUUCCAGUGCAUCACCAUGGAAGGCUGGACAGACGUGCUAUACUGGAUGCAGGACGCUAUGGGCUAUGAGUUACCCUGGGUGUAUUUUGUCAGUCUGGUCAUCUUUGGAUCCUUUUUCGUUCUAAAUCUGGUUCUCGGUGUGUUGAGCGGAGAGUUCUCCAAAGAGAGGGAGAAGGCCAAGGCUCGGGGGGAUUUCCAAAAGCUACGAGAGAAGCAACAACUGGAAGAGGACCUGAAGGGCUACCUGGACUGGAUCACACAGGCGGAAGACAUUGACCCUGAGAACGAGGAUGAAGGCAUGGAUGAGGAGAAACCCCGAAACAUGAGCAUGCCCACAAGUGAGACGGAGUCUGUCAACACUGAGAACGUGGCUGGCGGUGACAUCGAGGGAGAAAACUGUGGGGCCAGGCUGGCCCACCGGAUCUCCAAGUCAAAGUUCAGUCGCUACUGGCGCCGGUGGAAUCGGUUCUGCAGAAGGAAGUGUCGUGCCGCAGUCAAGUCCAAUGUCUUCUACUGGCUUGUGAUUUUCCUGGUGUUCCUCAACACGCUCACCAUUGCCUCGGAGCAUUACAACCAGCCGCACUGGCUCACAGAAGUCCAAGACACGGCCAACAAGGCGCUCCUGGCCCUGUUCACUGCGGAGAUGCUGCUGAAGAUGUAUAGCCUGGGCCUGCAGGCCUACUUCGUGUCCCUCUUCAACCGCUUCGACUGCUUCAUUGUGUGCGGGGGCAUCCUGGAGACCAUCCUGGUGGAGACCAAGGUCAUGUCCCCCUUGGGCAUCUCUGUGCUGAGAUGUGUUCGGCUCCUGAGGAUAUUUAAAAUCACCAGGUACUGGAACUCCUUAAGCAACCUGGUGGCAUCCUUGCUGAACUCCGUGCGCUCCAUCGCCUCCCUGCUACUACUGCUCUUCCUCUUCAUCAUCAUCUUCUCCCUUCUGGGGAUGCAGCUCUUUGGAGGAAAGUUCAACUUUGAUGAGAUGCAGACUCGGAGGAGCACGUUUGAUAACUUUCCCCAGUCCCUCCUCACAGUGUUUCAGAUCCUGACCGGGGAGGACUGGAAUUCGGUGAUGUAUGAUGGGAUCAUGGCUUAUGGCGGCCCCUCUUUUCCAGGGAUGUUAGUCUGUAUUUACUUCAUCAUCCUCUUCAUCUGUGGAAACUAUAUCCUACUGAAUGUGUUCUUGGCCAUUGCUGUGGACAACCUGGCUGAUGCUGAGAGCCUCACAUCUGCCCAGAAGGAGGAAGAAGAAGAGAAGGAGAGAAAGAAGCUGGCCAGGACUGCCAGCCCAGAGAAGAAACAGGAGGUGGUGGAGAAACCCGCAGUGGAGGAGACCAAGGAGGAGAAAAUUGAGCUGAAAUCCAUUACAGCUGAUGGAGAGUCCCCGCCCACCACCAAGAUCAACAUGGAUGACCUCCAGCCCAAUGAAAAUGAGGACAAGGGUGUCUACCCCAACCCGGAAGUGACAGGAGAGGAGGAUGAGGAGGAGCCUGAGAUGCCCGUGGGCCCACGCCCACGCCCACUCUCGGAGCUGCACCUCAAGGAAAAGGCUGUGCCCAUGCCUGAAGCCAGUGCAUUUUUCAUCUUCAGCCCCAGCAACAGGUUUCGCCUCCAGUGCCACCGCAUUGUCAAUGACUCGAUCUUCACCAACCUGAUCCUCUUCUUCAUCCUGCUAAGCAGCAUUUCCCUGGCUGCGGAGGACCCGGUCCAGCACACCUCCUUCAGAAACCAUAUCCUAGGCAAUGCAGACUAUGUCUUCACUAGUAUCUUUACAUUAGAAAUUAUCCUUAAGAUGACUGCUUAUGGGGCUUUCUUGCACAAGGGCUCCUUUUGCCGGAACUACUUCAACAUCUUGGACCUGCUAGUGGUCAGCGUGUCCCUCAUCUCCUUUGGCAUCCAGUCCAGUGCAAUCAAUGUUGUAAAGAUCUUGCGAGUUCUGCGUGUACUCAGGCCCCUGAGAGCCAUCAACCGAGCCAAGGGGCUAAAGCAUGUGGUCCAGUGUGUGUUCGUGGCCAUCCGCACCAUCGGGAACAUCGUGAUUGUCACCACGCUGCUUCAGUUCAUGUUCGCCUGCAUCGGGGUCCAGCUCUUCAAGGGAAAGCUCUACACCUGUUCAGACAGUUCCAAGCAGACCGAGGCGGAAUGCAAGGGAAACUACAUCACGUACAAGGACGGGGAGGUUGACCACCCCAUCAUCCAGCCCCGAAACUGGGAGAACAGCAAGUUUGACUUUGACAAUGUCCUGGCAGCCAUGAUGGCUCUCUUCACUGUCUCCACCUUUGAGGGGUGGCCAGAGCUGCUGUACCGCUCCAUCGACUCCCACACGGAAGACAAGGGCCCCAUAUACAACUAUCGCGUGGAGAUCUCCAUCUUCUUCAUCAUCUACAUCAUCAUCAUUGCCUUCUUCAUGAUGAACAUCUUCGUGGGUUUUGUCAUCGUCACCUUCCAGGAGCAGGGAGAGCAGGAGUACAAGAACUGUGAGCUGGACAAGAACCAGCGUCAGUGUGUAGAAUAUGCCCUCAAGGCCCGACCCCUGCGGAGGUACAUACCCAAGAACCAGCACCAGUACAAAGUGUGGUAUGUGGUCAACUCCACCUACUUUGAGUACCUGAUGUUCAUCCUCAUCCUGCUCAACACCAUCUGCUUGGCCAUGCAGCACUACGGUCAGAGCUGCCUGUUUAAAAACGCCAUGAACGUCCUCAACAUGCUCUUCACUGGCCUCUUCACUGUGGAGAUGAUUCUGAAGCUCAUUGCCUUUAAACCCAAGGGUUACUUUAGUGAUCCCUGGAAUGUUUUUGACUUCCUCAUCGUAAUUGGCAGCAUAAUUGACGUCAUUCUCAGUGAAACUAAUCCAACUGAACAAACCCAAUGCUCUCCCUCUCUGAAUGCAGAGGAGAACUCCCGCAUCUCCAUCACCUUCUUCCGCCUCUUCCGGGUCAUGCGCCUGGUCAAGCUGCUGAGCCGUGGGGAGGGCAUCCGGACGCUGCUGUGGACCUUCAUCAAGUCCUUCCAGGCCCUGCCCUACGUGGCCCUUCUAAUCGUGAUGCUGUUCUUCAUCUAUGCUGUGAUCGGGAUGCAGGUGUUUGGGAAAAUUGCCUUGAAUGACACGACAGAGAUCAACCGGAACAACAACUUUCAGACCUUCCCCCAAGCUGUGCUGCUCCUCUUCAGGUGUGCCACUGGGGAGGCGUGGCAGGACAUUAUGCUGGCCUGCAUGCCAGGGAAGAAGUGCGCCCCGGAGUCUGAGCCCCACAACAGCACGGAAGGGGAGGCGCCCUGUGGCAGCAGCUUCGCCGUCUUCUACUUCAUCAGCUUCUACAUGCUCUGUGCCUUCCUGAUUAUCAACCUCUUUGUAGCUGUCAUCAUGGACAACUUUGACUACCUGACAAGGGACUGGUCAAUCCUUGGUCCCCACCAUUUGGACGAAUUUAAAAGAAUCUGGGCAGAGUAUGACCCUGAGGCCAAGGGUCGUAUCAAACACCUGGAUGUGGUGACCCUGCUCCGGCGGAUUCAGCCCCCACUGGGCUUUGGGAAGCUGUGCCCUCACCGAGUGGCUUGCAAACGUCUGGUCUCCAUGAAUAUGCCUCUGAACAGUGAUGGGACGGUCAUGUUCAAUGCCACCCUAUUUGCCCUGGUCCGGACAGCCCUGAGGAUCAAAACAGAAGGGAACCUGGAACAAGCCAAUGAGGAGCUGCGGGCCAUAAUCAAGAAGAUCUGGAAGCGGACCAGCAUGAAGCUGCUGGACCAAGUGGUACCCCCCGCAGGCGAUGAUGAGGUCACGGUCGGCAAGUUUUAUGCUACUUUCCUGAUCCAAGAGUACUUUCGGAAAUUCAAGAAGCGCAAAGAGCAGGGCCUCGUGGGCAAGCCCUCCCAGAGGAACGCCUUGUCCCUACAGGCUGGCUUGCGCACGCUGCACGACAUCGGGCCCGAGAUACGACGGGCCAUCUCCGGAGACCUGACAGCCGAGGAGGAACUAGACAAAGCCAUGAAGGAGGCUGUGUCUGCCGCCUCUGAAGACGACAUCUUCAGGAGGGCUGGUGGCCUGUUCGGCAACCACGUCAGCUACUACCAAAGCGACAGCCGGAGCACCUUCCCCCAGACCUUCACCACUCAGCGCCCGCUGCACAUCAACAAGGCCACCAACAGCCCAGGCGACACCGAGUCCCCGUCCCAUGAGAAACUGGUGGACUCCACCUUCACCCCCAGCAGCUACUCAUCCACUGGCUCCAAUGCCAACAUCAACAACGCCAACAACACUGCCCUGGGCCGCUUUCCCCGCCCCACCCGCUACCCCAGCUCCGUCAGCGGCGCUGUGGAGGGCCAUGGGCCCCCCUUGUCUCCUGCCAUCCGGGUGCAGGAGGCAGCGUGGAAGCUCAGCUCCAAGAGGUGCCACUCCCGGGAGAGCCAGAUAGCCAUGGUGUGUCGGGAGGAGUUUUCUCAGGACGAGACCUAUGACGUGCAGAUGGGUGACGACGCGGAGUACUGCAGUGAGCCCAGCUUGGUCUCCACAGACAAGCUCUCCUACCAGGAUGAGGAAAGCCGACAGUUGGCACCGCCAGAGGACAGGAGGGACACCCGGCAAUCUCCAAAGAGGGGCUUCCUCCGCUCAGCCUCCCUGGGUCGGAGGGCCUCCUUCCACCUCGAAUGUCUGAAGCGACAGAAGAAUCAAGGGGGAGACAUCUCUCAGAAGACAGUCCUGCCCUUGCAUCUGGUUCAUCACCAGGCAUUGGCAGUGGCGGGCCUGAGCCCCCUCCUCCAGAGAAGCCAUUCUCCCACCACGUUCCCCCGGCCGUGUGCCACCCCGCCGGCCACGCCCAGCAGCCGAGGCUGGCCCCCGCAGCCCAUCCCCACCCUUUGGCUGGAAGGAACUGAGUCCACCGAGAAACUCAACAGCAGCUUCCCAUCCGUCCACUGCAGCUCCUGGGCGGGGGAGCCCACAGCCUGCGAGGGGGGCAGCAGCGCCACACGGAGAGCCCGGCCGGUGUCCCUCACUGUGCCCAGCCAGGCCGGGGCCUGGGGCAGGCAGUUCCACGGCAGUGCCAGCAGUCUGGUGGAAGCAGUCUUGAUUUCGGAAGGACUGGGGCAGUUUGCCCAAGAUCCCAAGUUUAUCGAGGUCACAACCCAGGAGCUGGCUGACGCCUGCGACAUGACCAUCGAGGAGAUGGAGAACGCUGCAGACAACAUCCUCAGUGGGGGCGCCCAGCAGAGCCCCAACGGCACCCUAUUACCUUUUGUUAACUGCAGGGACCAGGGGCAGGACAGAGCAGGGGGCGAGGAGCCCGGGCCCUGUGGGCCCAGCCAGGAGCCUCAGAGGAGCGAGGAGGAGCUGCAGGACAGCAGAGCCUACGUCAGCAGCCUGUAGGAGCUGGGCUGGGAGAUGAUGGGUUUUUUAUUUGUCUCAAUGUUCCUAAAGGGUUCGUUUCAGAAGUGCCUCACUGUUCUCGUGACCUGGAGUUAACGGAACAGCGUCUUCAUUCAUUUCGUUGGGACAAGACACAGAGUUGGGUGGUGUGGAGAGUCAGCUUUUUGGGGGGAAGAAAAGCAGCAACCCCAGUUUGUGUCCAAGGAGGUAGAGUGGUGAGGGGAGGAGGAGGAGAAGGUGGAGCAGGAGGAGGAGGAGGAGGAAGGGUCAGGGAAGGAGUGAGAGAAGGCCGCCUGCUCUCCUGUGGUUUUGCAAGCCCUGUGCCAGGAACCAGCCUUCACCUUGGGCACAAAAGAGACCCUCAGCUUCCUGUGGUAGCCCCCACCGAAAAGGACCUUUGUCAAACGGGUGUCUUUCAACUUUGCUUGUACAAAAAUCAUUUUGCACAUAUUGUGUACGAGCCUCACUGUCCCCAUAGAGCCAGGGCCCUGUGGAUCUGCAGAAGGAGGCAGGCAUGACUCCCACCCCCGACCCCCACCAGAGAGGGAAGAGCAGGCAGCAGGAGGCCAGGAGCUGGGAGCCAG